CAACCACCAUCAUGAUACUACCGACCGGCGCUGCAUGUCUGUAGCAGCAAAACUUCGACAUCUCCUACGACGAGCCGGCUCUCGAUCGUCAAUCUCCACCUCACUCACACCACACCGCUCCGCCGCCACAAUGGCUCCCGCAAAACUUGAAGGCCGCGCCUUUUACGAGUCUAUCGGCUCUCCGAAAUAUGUCGUCGCACCCAUGGUCGAUCAGUCCGAGUUCGCAUGGCGACUGCUCACUCGCUCCUUCCUUCCACCAGAGCUGCGAUCCAGCAUCCUCUGCUACACACCCAUGUUCCAUGCGAAGCUGUUCUCCGAUAAUCCAAAAUACCGAGCGAAUCACUUUGAGCCUCUAAAGCCGCCUAUCACCAUGGCCGAUCCUCCAGACGCAGAGCACCUAAAGACAAUGGGCGAAGAGGACAAGUACUUGGACGGCAAUCCGAAGAUAGAUCGACCUCUCUUCGUCCAAUUCUGUGCCAAUGAUCCAGACCUUUUCUUGAAAGCUGCACAGAUGGUGGCUCCUUAUUGCGAUGCUGUGGACUUGAACCUGGGAUGUCCGCAGGGCAUCGCAAAGAGGGGAAACUACGGCGCAUUUCUGCAAGAGGAUUGGGACACCAUUUACAAGUUGAUCAACAAUCUGCACAAGAAUUUGGAUAUUCCGGUGACAGCCAAAUUUAGGGUUCAAGAGACGAAAGAGAAGACAUUGGAGUAUGCGAAGAUGAUUCUCUCCGCGGGCGCGAGUAUCAUAACAGUGCACGGACGACAGCGACAUCAGAAAGGGCAUGAGACAGGGCUGGCAGAUUGGUCUGUGAUUCGAUAUCUGCGAGAAGAGCUCCCGAAAGAGACCGUGAUUUUUGCAAAUGGCAACAUCCUGCAGCAUGGAGACAUUGAAGAGUGCCUCGAUGCGACAGGCGCAGACGCAGUGAUGAGCGCUGAAGGCAAUUUGUACGAUCCGAGCAUCUUUGGUACUGCACCACCAGUUGGGGAAGAAGGACGAGAAUACUGGCGAGGGCGGGAUGGCAAGGGCGGCUACAGAGCAGACGCUAUCUUGAGACGUUAUCUGGACAUUAUACACAAGUACGUCCUCCACCAGGAUCCACCUCAGCGUGAGGAGCUAUUUCUGCUCUCAGAUUCGCAGCCUGAGACCAAUGGGAACGCGAAUGGUCUCAAGAGAGGCGCCGAGGACGAUGUCGAAGGACAAGCGCCUACAAAGAAACAGAAGCGUGAGGCCGUCAAGGAAAAGAAGAAGAAUGGAGUGAAGCAUGUGAAGUGCACGAACCCGAAUCUCUCUGCUAUGCAGCCACAUUGCUUUCACAUUUUGCGAUCACUGGUGGGUACACAUCACGAUGUUCGGGAUGCUUUGGCUCGAUCGAAGGCUGGCGAUAUCGACGCAUAUGAAAAUGUAUUGAAGUUAACUCAAGCUGCUGUCAAGGAGGGACUUCUGGAGUACGAGAAGGACCCGGCGAAGUUUGGAACUCCAGACAUUGCAGACGAAGAGGACGCAGACCCUGCGCUAUCGAGUACUGCAGCUGUCCGGCGAUGUAAGCGCCCAUUUUGGGUGUGCCAGCCAUAUGUGCGGCCUCUACCCAAGGAGGCUCUGGAAAAAGGCAGCCUGCAGCUAAGUAAAAAGGAGAUGGCGCGACUGGCUGCGGAGAAGGCCGAAAAGGAGAAGGCUGGGGUGUCGGCUGAUGGCCAUGUCGAAAUUGUGAAGACUGCCGUGGCAGAGAGCUCGACGAAUGGCGCUGCAUCGAAACAGGAGAUGAGCGCUAGGGGACAUGCGAACGCGAAUGGAACUGUCACGAAGACCGACGCCGGCGAUUCGACAGAAGCGACAUCUGCCGUGGAAGAGCGGACUGAGAUACCCAAAGAAGGUAUGGUCAUGGGCUGAGAUCAGAUGCAAUGAAGACAUCUUGCACGGAAAGAGGUAUUGUGCACCAACGCUUCUCUUCUUCUCAACUUCGAUUGCACCAUCUCAUUCUGCUAUUUGCCCAUACUCAAACUUUUGAGUACAUUAUUCUGAUGCAGGCCCUCGCUCGAUCAGAGCUCGAUUGCAACGUGCGAUGGCCGCUGACCUCGCGGCAUGGCCCACGAAGAUUGAGAUCUCAUGUCGAACAAGAUGCGGCUUCUUCGACCGCUUGACGAAUGCCGUGCAUGCUACACCAGCAGCCUCAGAAUGGAGAGCGGGUGUUCAGCUUGAGGGCGCUGUGAACAUUCCUUC